CAUGCUUCCCGGCAACCAUUUAGGUGACAGCGGAUGAACUAGUGUUUUCCACUUAGUCCCGAUCAUGUGCCAGACAUCAUAAAAGCAAUACGAUUCGCCCGCCUCUAUACGUUGGGAGGCCUAAGCUUCAAAGCAGAGAACAAUUCUCGAAACAGUACUCUUAAGCUCAAGUCAACACACCCAGGAUCAAACAGAUGAUAGGAUCGAAGAAGUAGGUAACUUUUAGAGUCCCUCCAAGCAUUCUGGCUAUCCAUCAAUUAGAUUGCUCGUUUCGCGAGUUUACUUUUGCUGCUAGAGUAAAUUGCUUGUAAGAGAAAGGGAGCUGUUGGCUCUCGCAGCACCACCGUCUUUGUAACUGCUUUACAUCGAUUUGCUCAAAAAGGAACUUGCAAAAUUAAAAAUUCCUUUUAAAAUCUUUCUAAUUUGCAAAUUGCAUACUAGAACACUAUUUUAUUGUAACCUUUCUGAGUGAGCAAUAUCAAGAUGAUUUAAUGAGCUAAGUUGACUUAGUCUGAUGAAUUACUGACACCUGUGAACAAAUAUUUCUGUGUAACGCUCCUAUCUACACAUUACUACCUAAUUCAUUUAACUGGGGAACGUGCUCAUGAAAUAAAACUUCAAACAGUCGAGGAGGCAAAGUAACUUUUGACAUGCCAAUGUCAUUCAAAUACACAUUUAUUUUUAGAGAGCGUUCUCUGAGGCUAUCAAUAUGAGGUCGCCAUUUUGAACAUUGAAAUGGCAUGGGUAUGAGAUUGAACGUCGUUCUUUUAGUCCUCCCACCUUCUAACCGCCAAAUCGAUAUCGACAACGGCUAGCGAUCGAUACCACUUUACGACAUUUUCCAAGACCUCUUGAUUGAUUAAGAAAGGUAGACUAUCUAUAAGUUAUUUGUCUUUCAAGCUAUGAUGCCAGUGAUCAAUUGUUCUGUAUUGCAGUUUCAUCUGGGAGUGUCAGUAAUUACACGAUAAAAUCACAUGACCAUGCUAGCUGUGCUAAUGACCGUGUCACGGAGAAGAUGGCGUCCUUGGACGGCAAAGCUAAAGCCAUGCACUGGUCUUUUUAUUAUAUCGUAAGCAAAAGCCUGUUUGUAACGCACGGGUGUUCAUUACAAGGGAAAUGAAAUUUAGUCUGCUUAGGAUUAUACCUUGAACCCCUUCAACAAUUGCAUGGGUGGGGGGACUAACGAGCACAUAAAGAAACCUCAGUCCUAAUACGUAUCAUGAAUAAGAAGAAAAGAUGUCAUAAAUUUACAUGUUUGUACCUUUCAUGGCAGCCUUAAUUCGUUGUCUUGAAAACUGCUCUUUUCACCACGGAUUGCUUUCGCCCAGACACUACCAAGGGAGAAUUGAUUGGCAGAUUUGAUUGAGUGAGUAACACAUUUUUCCCUCUUUUACCUAGCUUUCGCUGAGGCCAUGUCAGACAAUGUCUCGCUGACUGAACAAACAACAUGUGUAGAUUCUGAGUCCGAAGAUGCCUGGUACACUAUUGAUAUCUUCAGCCACGUUCAACUAGAGCUUGAUGAGAGCAAUGUAUCCCACAAACAGCUUUUUCUAUUCGUAACUAGAGCUGGAGGGAACAGAAGAACCUUUCUACAGGUACAUAAUUUUCUUAGGGAUCUAGGAUGGGAUAAUGUAGCCGAGUUCGCACCCUUGCUAUUGUCGACGUCAUGGGUGGGUUAUAAUGUUCUAUCUCCAUCAUAAUGAGAAAUGCUGAUGAAGGAAUUAUGAAUCAUAUCAGCAUCAUUCAUCAUCACCUAAAAGAAACUGGGUAUUUUCAUCGCCAUCAACAUUAUUCUUUAGCUUCUUAUUACAUGAACCCAUAAUCACAAAUCUCGCUAUCUCUCUUUGUCUUCAUGCAGUGUGUCGCACCAAUUUUUAAGAUGCUUCCGCCCUCCACUGUACUGUGGUUUUUUGACGUCUGUCGACUUGCUUUCCCACCACAGGCCCUAGCUAAUUUUUGCCGUUUCGUUCAUGCAAGCCUCAGGACGAAGAAAAGACUCUGUUCAAAGAGAAGUUUCCGUAAUACAUGGGAUUUUAUGAAAAAAAGGGGCUAAGCCUCCAAAGCAACAAAGGGGGUAUUCUUGAUUGUCAUCGAGAACAAAUGCAUUUUCAGUUAAAAAAAAAAAAAAACACCUGUCCCAAAUAAUUUCGUAUUUAAGGUCUGUCCCAUCACCUUCAGUUUUACUGAUAAGUGUUGAUUUAACAUUUGUCUUAUUCUCAGGAGGAAAAGACCAGAAUUCCAAUGAUAACAGUUUAUUCAAACAAUUUCUCCUGGAGAAAAAAACAGGGAUCAGUGACUCUUGUUGCCAAAUUGGAGAUGGGAUCUUUCCAAGCUGUGAAAAAGGUAAUGCUUAUCUUUCCCGAUAAAUGUGGACGGCCUUUGAUUUUGCCCAAACUAGUGGUAGGCAAGAAACCAAAGUUUACUGAAAUUUUCUUUGUAAAUUCCUCAUCUUUUUUUAGGGAGACAAGAAGUCUGAAACCUCUUUUAUUGAUAACUUCAGAAUCAGAUUGCGUUGCAUAUGAAAUUUAUAAAACUGUCUAUAAAUUUUUCAAUUAUUUCGAAAAGUAAUUAGUAAAGAGAUAGGAAAAUCAAAGCGCAUUUUCAUCCAAACUGUGGGAUUAAAAAAUAAAUAAAUUUCCAACUUACUCGGUUGAUCUCGAGCAGCACAAGUAGUUAGUUGCCGUUAGUUAUCGGUACACAUCGGUGGAUUGAGAUAGACAAAUAUAAAAAGGGUUUGAGUUCAUGUCCGUAAUACAGUAUAGCUAAGCUCUUAAAACUCACAGGCGCGCCUUUAUCGCCCCUUUCAGAAAGUAACAUGAACAUCUACUAUUAUCUUAUGCAGGUUGAUAGAAGGAAGAUAGAGGAGAUGAGACUACCUGAGAAAAUAACCUUUACUCUGCCACCAUCCGACGCAUCGUUCAUGAAAGUAAAAGCCAAGCUAAUCGAUGAAAACAGUGAUAAUGAGAUCCUUUUGGAAACAGAGCAGUUACACGUCCCACUGUCCUUGGUAAGUAAUUUUAAUCAGCAGCUUUUGUUAUUUUUCUUUUGACAGAGCCGUUGUUUGCGUCUGUGUUUCUAUUAGGGAAUGGUGCUAUCACUUGUGCCGUAAAAGAGGACUUAGAAAGCCAAGGGUCUUUAAAAAUUAAGAUCCGAUUUCGAAAACUCGAUUAGAAGUACUCAAGAUGAUGUACGUUUGAAAUCUCGAGCUAUUUUCUGUUUGUUGUUUCCAAACAAGGAGUAAUGGGCGCCUAAAAGCUAUUCCUUAACAAUAAUCACAUGUGGAGACAGGAAGUAGAACAUGGAGCGCUCUGCAGAGGAGAGAGGUGUUUCGCAUCAUAAUAAACUUUUGUUUUGUUUUUAAUCAUUUUAGCUACCCCAGAUCGACACGAAGCCUGCAGUAGAACACGAACUUGUUAUCCGUGAACCAGCCGAGUCCAGUACAGUAACUGAUGAAGUUACGAGUACGUGACGACAAGUAUGGGUUUUACAUGACUUUCUAAAUGUUGUAGUUCCUUGGUGCAAAUUCAUUUCCCGCCUGUAAAUACUUUGACACAAGUGUAAAUACGAACGGAGAUAAUACCAGUGCAAUUAGCUUUAGAAGUAGUUAGCAAGCGCUUGAAUAAUUAAUUUGAGUGAAGAGGAAUUUUAUUAGACUCUAUUUUUUUAAGUUUUGUUGAAAUAGAGAUCAAAUCAUUCGUGGCCGUUACCACACUACGUGAAAGUUGACAUGUAACUCAAUCUUAUCAUUAACCAUUUCUUGAAGGCUCGCGGAUUUUUUAGCGUAGUUCGUUCCCAGGUUUCCUGCAUUUAACCCGCCCUUUUUUUGAGUACCUUUUAGAUGCGUAUCCAAAUCUCUGUCAUUUUAUUCACGAUGUCGGGAGCCCAUCUCCUGUUGGAGGUGUAUUAUUGGACAUUGUGAACAUUGUAUGUAGAAGUAGAAGCCCACCAGUAUAAUCACGAGGCUCGUGUUGUUAUGAACUUUAAGGAAUAAGCAACCCACCGUGACAAAAUAUGAGUUUGCAUUGCACUUUUCACACAAUUGUAAAUGACAACAACCACCGCCUUUAUAAGUUAUUACCUGUACAGCACGAAUCUACUUAUUCACUGGCGCGCGCAACCUUUUAACAUGCCACAUUUUAAACCGUCUG